GGGCGUGGCCGGGGCGCGGAUGGCGGCGCCGCGCGCGGUGCUGCUGCUGAGCGGGAAGAGGAAAUCGGGGAAGGAUUUUGUGGCCGAGGAGCUGCGGGGACGGCUGGGCCCCGAUGUGUGCACCGUCCUGCGCCUGUCCGCGCCCCUCAAGGAGCAGUACGCCAAGGAGCAUGGCCUGGACUUCCAGCGGCUCCUGGACGCCAGCGCCUACAAGGAGAGGUUCCGGCAGGACAUGAUCCGCUGGGGUGAGGACAAGCGCAGCUCCGACCCCGGCUUCUUCUGCAGGGCAGCGGUGGAGGGAGCGGCACAGCCGGUGUGGGUGGUGAGCGACACGCGGCGCCUGUCGGACGUGGAGUGGUUCCGGGAUGUGUAUGGGGACGUGGUGCAGACCGUGCGGGUCGUGGCCACCGAGGAGACGAGGAAGAGGAGGAACUGGGUCUUUGUGGCUGGGGUGGAUGAUGCUGAGUCCGAGUGUGGCCUGGACCAGGGAGUGAGCUUCGACUGGGUGAUCACCAACGAUGGGGAUGAGCUGUCCCUGGACCAGCAGCUGGAGACGCUCCUGCAGGUGCUCCGCAGGCGCCUGUAGCUGUGGCCUCUCCCCAGUGCUGGGGGGGGACCCCAGAUCCCCCUUUGUGCCUGUGCUGGAAGUAAAGCUCUGACACCGAGA